UAUCAACCAGAAGUAAUGACUACUACUGAAUGGUCAGCUCCAGUUGUGUGGCAUGGCACUUACAAUGAGUCAGUCUUGAAAAAUUAUUAUGCAAAUCAUAAAAUUACUGUGGGGUUGACUGUGUUUGCUGUGGGAAGAUACAUCGAGUUCUAUUUGUACAGAUUUUUGUCAUCUGCCAAUCGGUUUUUUAUGGUUGACCAGAAAGUUAUCAUUUACGUCAUGGUAGAUGACUUCUCCAAGAUGCCUUGGAUAUAUCUGGGUCCCCGUCGUACAUUCAAAGUUUUUGAAAUCAAACGAGAGAGGAGAUGGCAAGACAUCAGUAUGACGCGCAUGAAGAUCAUCAGCGAACACAUUGUUGAUCACAUCCAGUAUGAAGUUGACUUCCUCUUCUGCAUGGAUGUGGAUCAAGUCUUCAGAAACAAAUAUGGAUUGGAGACUCUGGGGGAGUCAGUAGCUCAAUUACAUGCUCACUGGUAUCAGACAAAUGUUAGCAGUAUACCUUAUGAGAGAGAUCAGCAAUCAGAAGCUUAUAUACCUAUGGGUAAGGGCGAUUUUUAUUACCAUGCUGCUGUUUUUGGUGGUACUCCCACUCAGGUUCUCAAUAUUGCCAAGGAGUGUUCCAAAGGAAUCAUGAAAGACAAGAAAAAUAACAUUGAAGCAGUGUGGCAUGAUGAAAGUCACUUAAACAAGUAUUUCUUUCUCCAUAAGCCCACUAAAAUCUUAUCACCAGAAUAUUGCUGGGAUGUCCAUCACAAUAGGAAUCUUGAUAUCAAAACUGUCAAAAUGUCUUGGAGUCUUAAGAAUUAUAAAUUACUUAGAGUGAUAGCAUAA